UAUAAUCAGGCUCCAUCCUUGACAAGACCCACAGUCUUGACCCACAGCACUGGCAUCACCUGGGAGCUUGCUACAAGUGCAGAUUCUCAGGCCCCACCCAGAACUACUGAAUCUGAAGUGUAACACAAUGCUCAGGUUGCUUUGGAUUAAUUGAGCUGGCUGUGUUAUUUUUGUCAAGGAGACUGAGCUGGAUCCUGUGGAUAACCAGUCAUGAACCACAGUAAUUACUUGCACGUGAAGAAGCAGCACAACCGUGUGGGCUAAUUUCUAGUGGUACCACAAAUCAGCAGACAGCCCCUGAAACCCGGCACUCUUACCACGUUCUUCAUCUUCAGGAACAGAGCACCUUUGGGAAACGGAUUCCUUAAAAGUGCAGCCCUGGUCCUCCCAGUGGCACCUUGUUCCCUUUUCCCUCCUACCCCCAGAGCUCCCCAAAUACACAGACCACCUGGAGAUUCUGUUCAAGUGCAGAUUUGACUCAGUGAAUGAAGGAGUGGAGCUGAGAUUCUGCUUUCCUGUCACGUUCCCAGUGAGCACAUCCAAUUUUCAGGGGAAGAUUCAGUCAUCUGCUUUGGCUUAGCUUUAAUUAGGUGAAAAUAUCUGUCUACAUAUGCCAAGGAUGAAGUCUAACAAAAGCAUUAUCUAUCUUCCAAGACUGAAAGAGGAAAGAUCAUCAAUACCACAGGGUGUGGGUCCUUGGUAUGGAAAUGAGGUUAUGGACCCUUUUGGAUCAUCCAAUUUGUAAUAAGGACUACACUUAAAAGGACAGUCAAUGAGUUGAAGAGGACUGAGACCUUACAUCCAUCAUGGUGGGCCAGCCAUGAGAGGCUACCUCGUGGCCAUAUUCCUGAGUGCUGUCUUCCUAUAUUAUGUGCUGCAUUGCAUAUUAUGGGGAACAAAUGUCUACUGGGUGCCGCCCGUGGAAAUGAGACGCCGGAACAAGAUCCAGCCCUGCGCGUCCGCACCAGCCUUCGCCGCUCUGCUGAGGUCUCACCAGUUUCACCCUUUCCUUUGUGCUGCUGAUUUUAAAAAGCUCGCUUCCUUGUAUGGUAGUGACAAGUUUGAGUUGCCCUAUGGGAUGAGAACAUCAGCGGAAUAUUUUCGACUUGCUCUUUCAAAACUGCAGAGCUGUGACCUCUUUGAUGAGUUCGACAAUGUGCCAUGUAAAAAGUGCGUGGUGGUUGGUAAUGGAGGAGUUUUGAAGAAUAAAACAUUAGGAAAAAGAAUCGACUCCUAUGAUGUAAUAAUAAGAAUGAAUAAUGGUCCUGUUUUAGGACAUGAAGAGGAAGUUGGAAGAAGGACAACCUUCCGACUUUUUUAUCCAGAAUCUGUUUUUUCAGAUCCCAAACACAAUGACCCUAACACCACGGCGAUUCUCACCGCGUUUAAGCCACAAGAUCUAAAGUGGCUGUGGGAAUUGCUGACGGGCGGCAAAAUAAACACUAAUGGUUUUUGGAAGAAACCAGCCUUAAACCUGAUCUAUAAACCGUAUCAAAUCAGAAUAUUAGAUCCUUUCAUUAUCAGAAUGGCAGCUUAUGAACUGCUUAAUUUCCCAAAAGUAUUUCCCAAAAACCAGAAACCCAAACACCCGACAACAGGGAUCAUCGCCAUCACGCUGGCGUUUCACAUCUGUCAGGAAGUGCACCUUGCUGGCUUCAGAUACAACUUCUCCGACCUCAGGAGUCCUUUGCACUAUUAUGGGAAUGCCACCAUGUCUCUGAUGAGUAAGAAUGCAUAUCACAAUGUGACUGCUGAGCAGCUCUUUUUGAAGGACAUUAUAGAAAAGAACUUUGUAAUCAACCUGACUCAAGAUUGACCCUACAGAGAAGACAAUGCUGACAGUAUUAGUUUUAUUUUUAUACUGCAAUUUUUAGUUUAUUUUUAAAUGUGGGGUACACCUCUUGUCAAAAAAUUAUGUCUAUUAAGCCUUUGGCUGGUGAUUCAUAACCACCAGCUUAAUUUCUGUGAAAAUAUUUAUGAAAAGCAAGAUACAGUACCUUAUUUUUUAAAUAAGCUCAUUUUGAGGUGUUUUUAAACAUCUUUUUAGUUACUUCGUCGAAGACUUUUGGAAGGUUUGACUUCACCGCAACAAAGGAGCAUGACAUCUCGGGCGCCUGCACAGUGGCAGGGAGCGGGCACUGGCUGGCCUCAGUGUGCCACCUGGCUGACCUGAGUUUCCAUUUAAGGAACCUGAUUUGAAUUUUAAACCAGCCCUGGAUGUGGAUGGUUAUGGAAAUCUAUGAUCAUAAUGGUAUAAAUUAGGCUUUCCCCUCUGCAAUUAAGUAAACCAUGAGUAUGAGGAGUAAUUGGCUAGAAUAAAGAUGGUAUUUUUUUGUUUGUAAGUUGAAGGCAAGAUGCUAAACAUGAAAUUCCAGAUAAGUAAAUAACCAAAGAAUGUAAUAAUUC